CUCUCUGCGAACUCGGCGUUAGGCCCGCCUCUGCUCUGCUCCGUGCGCGGUUUCUGCCGGGGUCAGGGCCGAACCCCGCGUCUCGGGCCGGGCUCUUCCUUUGGACCCGAGGCCGGAGCUCGCCGGACACAGGAGGGGAUGGCCCCUGUGCCCCUGACCGCCCCACCCCCCCAGGAGUCGGUGACAUUCCGGGACGUGGCUGUGGACUUCACCCCGGAGGAGUGGGGGCAGCUGGGCCCUGCCCAGAGGGCGCUGUACCGGGAGGUGAUGCUGGAGAACUACCGGAACCUGGUGUGCCUGGGACUCACGGUUUCCAAGCCAGCUGUAAUCUCCCAGCUGGAGCGAGGGGAGGCCCCGUGGAGGCCGGAGGGAGGCGGCCCCGCAGUUGGCUGUGCAGAUUGGGGGACAAGACAUGAAGUCAAGGAGUCGGCCCCAAAGCUGGUCCUCUGUAUGGACGAGUCAUCUGGGGAAAGACUCACAAGGAAUGGUUCCUGUACUUCCAAGUUGGGAGAAGCCUGGGAAUGGGAUUCCAGGUUAAAUAGGCAACAAAACAAUGAGGAAAAAUUUGCUAAACGCAUGAAGAUCAAACCUCCUAAUAAGGUGAGAGGCCAUGAAUAUAAUAAAUAUAGCAAAAGCUGUAGUCUAGGACCAGUCCUUUUCCCACAGCAGCGAGUAACCAUAGGCAAGAAUCUUGAUAAGUGUGGUACAUAUAGGAAGAGCUUCAGACUGUAUUCAGACCUAAGAAAAUGCAAUAGGAUCUCCUCAAAGAAAAUACUUUCUAAAUUUAAAGAAUGUGGGAAGUCCUUUAGUUAUAAUUCAGACCUUAUUGAAAAUCAUCGAAUGUCUGCUGGAGAAAAGAAACCUUAUAUAUGUAAUGAUUGUGGAAAGGUCUUCCGACAGAGCACACAUCUUAUUCUACAUCAAAGGAUCCAUACUGGAGAGAAACCUUAUGAAUGUAGUGAAUGUGGAAAGGCCUUCCGCUUGAGCACAAGACUUAUUGAACAUCAAAGAAUCCAUACAGGAGAGAAACCUUAUGAAUGUAAUGAAUGUGGGAAGGCCUUCCCCCAGAGCUCAAAGCUUACCCGUCAUCAGAGAAUUCAUACAGGAGAGAAACCUUAUGAGUGUCAUGAAUGUGGGAAAGCCUUCUGCCAGAGAACAGGACUUACUCAACAUCAGAGAAUUCACACAGGAGAGAAACCUUAUGAAUGCCAUGAAUGUGGGAAGGCCUUUCGCCAGAGAACAGGACUUAGUCGCCAUCAGACAAUUCAUACCGGAGAUAAGCCUUACGAAUGUAAUGAAUGUGGGAAGGCCUUCCGCCAGAGAAAAGGACUUACUCAACAUCAGACAAUUCAUACAGGAGAGAAACCUUAUAAAUGUAAUGAAUGUGGGAAGGCCUUCCGUGAUAGCUCACAGCUCAUUCGACAUCAUCGAAUACAUACUGGAGAGAAACCUUAUGAAUGUAAUGAAUGUGGGAAGGCAUUUGCACGAAGCACAGAACUUACUGUACAUCAGACAAUUCAUACUGGAGAGAAACCUUAUAAAUGUAAUGAAUGUGGGAAGGCCUUCCGACAGAGUUCACAGCUCACUCAACAUCAGACAAUUCAUACUGGAGAAAAGCCUUAUAAAUGUAAUGAAUGUGGGAAGGCCUUUCGCCUGAGCACAGGUCUUAUGGAGCAUCAGAGACUUCAUACUGGAGAUAAACCUUACGAAUGUGGUGAAUGUGGGAAGGCCUUCCGCCAUAGCUCACAACUUACUAGACAUCAGAUGAUACAUACAGGAAAGAAACCUUAUGAAUGCAAUGAAUGUGGAAAAUCCUUUCCCCAGAGCUCACAGCUUACCCAACAUCAGAUAAUUCAUGCUGGAGGGAAGCCUUACAAGUGUAAUGAAUGUGGAAAGGUCUUCUGCCAAAGCUCACAACUGACUCAACAUCAGAUAAUUCAUACUGGGGAGAAACCUUAUGAAUGUAAUAAAUGUGGAAAGGCCUUCCCCCAGAGCUCACAGCUGACUCGCCAUAAGAGAAUACAUACUGGGGAGAAACCUUAUGAAUGUAGUGAAUGUGGGAAAGCCUUCCGCUUGGGGACGCAGCUUGCAGUGCAUCAGACAAUUCACACUGGAGAGAAACCUUAUAAAUGUAAUGAAUGUGGAAAGGCCUUCCGUCUGAGCAAAGGACUUAUGGAACAUCAGAGACUUCAUACUGGAGAUAAACCUUAUGAAUGUAAUGAAUGUGGCAAGGCCUUCCGCCAUAGAUCACACCUUACUCGACACCAGUUGAUUCAUACUGGAAAAAAAUCUUAUGAAUGCAAUGAAUGUGGAAAGUCCUUCCCUCAGAGCUCACAGCUUACUCAACAUCAGACAAUUCAUACUGGGGAGAGACCUUAUGAAUGUGGGAAAGUCUUUAGAUGGAGCACAGGACUUAGUGGCCAUCCAGGUAUUCAUGUAGGAGAGAAGCCUUAUGAACUCGAGGAGCCCUUUCAGCGUAGUUCACAUCUUACUCAACAGUGGAGAAUUGAAACUGGGGAGAAACUUUAUGAAUGUAAUGAUUGAGGAAGGCUUGUCUCCAAAGUAAAUACCUUACUCAGUAUCAGUGCAUACAGGAGAAAAGAGCCUGAUAAAUGAAGAAAGAUCUUCAACCACAGUGCAGUCACCAACCAUCAGGUUAAUUCUUACUGGAGAAAUGCUUAUGAAUAGAAUGAAUGUGAAAAGGAUUUCAGCCAGAGCUACAAUCCUUACUAAACGGUAGAGAAUUCAAACUAAAGAAAAACCCUGUAGAUCAGAGGUUCUUCACUCUUCGUGUCCUGGACCACUUUGGCAGUCUACUGAGAUCUAUGGACUCCUUCUUAGAACUAUGCUUUUAAAUGCAUAAAAUAUGUGGUACUACAAAAGAAAUUAAUUACAUUGGAAUACAUUAUGAAAAUGUUUUUUAAAAAGUUCAUGGACCUCAGGUUAAGAAUCCUUUGCUAUAAAUGAAGCAGAUACAUAUUAAUUCCCUUUAGUGGUUGUUUCAAGCUAUUUUUUUCUUGAGACCCCAGGCACUUCCCUUCCUGAUCCCCGUAGAUGGCUUGAGUCUGAGAAAAUAUAAUCUAAGCAAUUUUUGUCAAUCUGAGGCCUAAUACCCCAAGCCACUUCCUCUUUCCAUCUUUUCUAUAAACCUUUUAGCUCCUGGUAUAAAUAGUGCCUGGGGCUCUGCAGAGAGUAUUCCAGUGUUGUUUUCCUGCAGUCCCUUCUCCCCCAAGCUAAUGGGGUUCCCUGUUGUCCCCAUCUACAGUCACUACAUCACAGGGGUUUCCCAACUCCAUCCCUUCCCCCCCCUCCCCAAACCUGAUCAAAGCUUCCCAUGUGUUACACUUCUAUAGUAGCAACUCCAGUUCACACCAAGUCAAGUUUUUGACUGCUAACCUUUCUAUCACUCCCAUUCCUUUUGGGGGGAAUAUACUUUAAAAAUGUUAUCAAAAUAAAAAAAUAACUUCAAAACUUUUCAAGGCAGUAUUAUUUGUAGUAAAAUUAAUGUAAGAAAAUGAAAUGGCUAAUGAUAAGGGAUAAGUUAUAAAUAAUUCCAUCAAAUUCAAUUAAUUUAAUGGAAUAUUAGAAUAUGAUUGAGAGAAACAAGUUUGAAGAAUAUGACAAAAAUCUGGAAAGAUCUUUGGAAUUAAGCAAAGGAAAACUCAGAAGCCAGUGGUCAGAGGAGCCAUUAUAAUGUGACUACAGCUGUAUAAAAGAAAAAAGUGAAUGGGAAUGAAAGAAGAGUCUUGAGAGAGACUUGAAGGGGAAUAAUUAAAAGAUUGGCAUUUCAUGCUUUGAAAUUCAUUUAUUUAAGUAUUAGUAGUUGUAAAGCCAGCUUAGUUGUACUAAUGUUUGUACUAAGUUCAUAAGUCAUCCUUUUAAACAAAGAAAAUGGUGGCAUUCUAAUCGUAAUUCACUCCCAACAUCUCUACUGUUAAAAUUCUCCAUAGCAGCAUCCAUUCACCUCUUACUAUCUUUCACAGAAAAAGUUUCUCAACUUCUUGCUUAAAACUAAUUUCUCUCACUUUCAGUUCCAUCUUCUACUGCCUACUUCAAGACAUCACUUUAAUAAUCUUAUCCUUUCCCUCCUAUCCUGCAAACCUUACUUCUCAGCUGCUUACCCAAAUGCCCUGGUCUUUGUAGUACUUUAAAAAAAACAUUCUAUCCCAUUUAGUUAGCUCCUCUUUGUUCUAGUUUUCUCUUCAUUGCCAAACUUAAUAAAGAACAAUGUUUACACCUGUUUCCAGCAAACUGCCAUCCACCAGCUCCUCAGUGCUUUACAGUUAGAUUUCUUCCUCAACUGUAAUUGAUCUCUGAAAAAUCAUUAGUGACCUUUGAAAUAUAAUGACCCUCAUUUCAAUCCUCAUUCUCCUUUUUAUCUUAUUUGACACUAAUAACUAACCCUUCACAGAAUCCCAGACUUUCUGAGUUGUAAUGGACUUCAGUGGCUUUUUUUUUUUUUUUGGUGAGGCAAUUGGGGUUAAGUGACUUGCCCAGGGUCACACAGCUAGUAAGUGUUAAGUGUCUGAGGCUGGAUUUGAACUCAGGUACUCCUGACUCCAGGGCCGGUGCUCUAUCCACUGUGCCACCUAGCUGCCCCAUCAGUGCCUUUUUAAUCCAACCAGUUGGCCAAAAGAGAAUCCUCUAAAAUGGUGUCAAACUCAAAUAGAAACAAGGGCCUCUAAAACAUAAAGAUCCCUGUAGGCAACAUAUAGACUUAGAAAGCCACAUAUUGGGGGCAGCUAGGUGGCACAGUGGAUAAAGCACCAGCUCUGGAUUCAGGAGGACCCUAGGCAAGUCACUUAACCCGAAUUGCCCCACAAAAAAAAGAAAGCCACAUGUUAAUAUUAUCUGUUUUAUUGUAUUUUUAUUUUUUGUGUUGUUUCCCAAUUACAUUUUAAACAGAUCUGGGACACACUUAAAAGUGUUGUGAACCAUGUGCUUGACAUCUCUAUAGCAUACCCAAGAAAUGGUCAUAAAGCCUCUACAUGUUAAGCAGUUGGCUUAGUAAUUUCCGUCCUAAACUGGGAUGCUCUGAUCCAAACACAGUCCUCUAGGGGUGGUCUGACCCAACAGCUUGGUGUCAGAACUUCAUGUGGGCUGCUAGGAAAGCUAGGAUUUCCAUGCUAGAAGGAAUCUGUUCUCAAUCUUUCUCUCUCUUCACUAUCUUAUAAUGUAUC